ACAAAUGACCAAUAGUACACAACACAAGGAGAAAAUAACACUGCAACGCCAAAAAGCAUUUCAGAUAGAAGAAUCACAAUAUCAAAACAAAAAAAUACAUCCAUUUAGAUCAUAUUGACUCAUAUCACAUACAAUUUCUCCUCAUUAACAUAAGUCACACUGGUGAUCAUUUUGCCACUGCACCAUCAGACACAUCUACCAACUACUAGCGAUCAUUUUGCUACCAAUCAGUACACCACCAGACACAUCUACCAACAACUACACCAUGAGUACAACAACACCAUCGGACGCAUCCAUCCAAUCUCCAAAUUAAUGACACAUUCUCAGGACACAUGAUCACCAUCUUCAACAUGUCAAACAUCCAUCUUGCACUAAACACCUGCUGACUGGCGAAGAAUAUGUGGAGAAUCUCAACAAUAAAAAACUUUGCACAUCCAAGAUAUCGAAUUUCAGGACAGUACAAGAAGCACGCAGACGAUAUGGAUGACCGCACCGUACAGAUGAAGCUUCAUCAAGGAUGUUCCGUCACACUUACCAUGGAGGACCCACUCCCAGAUUUCUUUUCCUUUGAUGUUUGUUCUUAUUUGUGAAAUCAAGCCAAUGCUCGAAGAAAGGGUGGUGAUCAUGGAGGCAUUAACUAUCAGUUAUGUCCGGUUAUCAUAAAUUCUGAUUAUUGGAUUUCUGGAAACAUAUGAUCAUUAGCAUCUAGUAUAGCUGCUUAUGAAAUUCCAAAGCAAAAUAUUAAGUCGUUUUCAUCACUAUUAUCCUUUGGGUCUUCAAGAUGUAAUUAACGACUACCAUUGGUGUAGGCAUUCUUGAAUAUAUUAGCCACCUGAGGUCCAACUGAGUAAGGGGUGUGCUUGGAUCCUCUGACAUCAGUAAUGUUGGAUUCACCUUCGAAUCAGGUUGUACGAUUUACCUCUUCACCCGAAUGUGUACGGAUUGUCUUCGAUCUUUGUAUAUAUGAAUGUUUCUCUAGGAUUUAUGAUACAUAUACUGAUGUAAGAAAAAUAUUGAAAAUAUAAGGUAGCAUAUUGCUCUGAGAUUAUUGCAAUAUCCAUUUUUUUCUUUUACAUGAUACUGCCAUUGAAAGUUCUACCUGAUUUGGCUUUGAAGACAUGCUUUCUACAGGCCAGUAUGUCUGAGUAUUAGGUUUCAUUUUCAGGACAUGAUUAAUAUUCAUGACUUUGAGGAAUAUGGUGGACUUGAAAAGGUUGCUGAGCUUUUGAAGGAUCUGCAAGUAGAAGAGCAUAUAAGGCAAGUAUUUUCCCCUUAAGUGUUCCUACAAAGCUAUAUGUGAAAAUUAUCAGUUGUUGGCCUCUACUUGCUCAUUUGUCAAUCGGUACCUGUCUCCAACUGAAUGCUAGGAGAUAAUUGUCCACAAUGAAAGGUUGAGAUGAGCAACUGAAUCUCUUGCAUUCUUAUUAUACUAAUUACAGAUCUCUGGUAAGUCCUGCUCUUUCUUUGCUAGAAACAGUAUCAAUUGCAUAUUUAUGUCUCCAUGCUGUUUAUUUGUUGCUGGAUUUGUUUUUUCUUUGUCUCUUCAACGCAGGUUGAAAUGUGGGGAGUUUCUACUGCUGCUCAUCAGACAUGGUUGCGUGAAGGAAAACACUCCCAUACACGAAUUAAUGAAAAAUGAAAUCUACCUACCCAAGCCUAGUCUACACCUAACAGUCAACCAUCUAUGCAUACACGUAGCACAACUAACUCCCUCUCUAGCUUCUUGCCAACUCUUCAACUCAAUUUUCUUUGUUGCUCUCUCCCAUUGCAUAUCUACAGCUCUGGCAGAGUACACGGCUCAAGGAUCCAAGUGGAAGAUGCAAAGUCAAGAAAAGAUAACAGCUGUGAAGCCUGUGGCCUCCAGGCCUUUCUCCAGCUUCAGCUCCUUUUCGAAGCUUCUGAAAGACUUCACUACCACUGGUUCCACGCCGAUUACUUCUCCAGGGGAGACUGUUAUAGUUAGGCGGCCAAAGGCUACACGCUUCGCAUCGCCACCGAGUGAUCUGACAACUGGAAUCACUGCAACCACGUUACAAGACGGUGGUUCAGACACCACACAUGAGCAGAUGGUCGUAGACACAGAACAACAAGCAGUCUCUUGUGAUGACCAUCAGACCGUAUUCCACAACAUCAACAAGCCGAUCCACAGUGCGAGAAACCGUCUGUCCUAUGAUGGCUACAACUGGAGGAAGUAUGGGCAGAAGCAAGUGAAAGGGAGCGAGUUCCCAAGGAGCUACUACAAGUGCACCUACCCAACCUGCCCUGUCAAGAGGAAGGUGGAAACUACACUUGAUGGCCAGAUUGCUGAAAUUGUGUACAAUGGUGAGCACAACCAUCCCAAGCCCCAUCUUUCAAAGAAGCCAGUGUCAUCAACGGGUACAGAGGUUGUCAUUGCCGACCUCUAUGGCAGUAAUGAUGCUGGAGCAGAAAGCCGUUUAGGAGGAUGCAACGGCCUAUCUCUUAUUGGUUCCAAUGUUGUGGAUGAUACAUUCAGAAGGUGUUGUGAUUGCUUCGACGAGCUUGGAGAAAAUAGUCUGGUCUGUGACUGCAAGGGCAGCCGAAAGGAGGAGCAAUUAAAUGGCCUGGGAGCUCAUGUUGAGGCUGCUCGUGUGUUCCAGGCUUCAACAGAAUACGAGUCAUCUGAGGAUGCAUUCCGUUGGCGCAAGUAUGGUCAGAAGGCUGUUAACGGCAAUUUGUUUCCAAGGAGCUACUACAGAUGCAGCACAGCCAGAUGCAAUGCACGCAAGUUCGUUGAGCGUUCAUCGGACAAUUCACUGGUAACAACAUAUGAAGGAAGACACAAUCAUAUUGCUGAACGACUUGGAUGAAAAGAGAAACAAUGCUGCUGUGAUUCAAGGAAGAAGAAUACAAUAUCAAUAGUGUGCUUGUGAUGAUGCUAAGAUAGAUAUUCAGAAGAGAAGGAUACAAUGUUUAUCUUGUUACUGAAUUGAUCCAUCUCCUGACUAGUGUAUUCUCAUUGCUUAGUAACAACUCUUUAGAUAUCACAAGUUACGUUACAACUUACUAAUAUUAAUAUACUAGCCUUAUCUGCCUC